AUGGCUUCCACGGUCGACGGGUGUCCUACCCCGACACACACAUCCGCCACCGAGAUGGGCAUCGACAAUCCUCUACCGGUCGAGUCCGUCCCUAGCCCCGACGCAGUCUUUGUCAUUCGGCACCGCGAAACGGGAAAAGUCAUUACCCUCAUCGACGGGGAGCUUCGUCUCUGCGAGGGAUUCAGCGCUCGCGGGGGCUUCCACUGGCACUGCGUCGAAAAGGACCGGUGGCUCGGCUUCCGCAAUUGCGUCUCCGGAACGUACAUUGGGCAUAAUGAGAGGAAGCAGUUUAUCGCUCGGGUCUCUCAUCACAGACCGCACGAGUUCUUUACAAUCCGGCCGCAUCCACAAGGGGGUUAUGAGCUUCUGAUGAGGCACAACAAUGAGCUUUGGAGUAUGGAUGUUGGAGGGGAUGGAUUACUGGUUGAGACAAAGGGUGAGGGGGCGCUGUGGGACUUUUUGAAGACUUGA